AUGUUGAACAACACAGUGACUGACACGACGUCCUCCGAUGAGGGACGCGACGAAGAAAGCGCUAUGUACAAUGGCAAGCCUCAAGACGGGCAGGAACCGUUGCAUAUCCUUGUGACAGACUUGCAAGAGAAAAUGUUUACUAUGGAGACAAAGUUGAAACGAUAUGAAGACCAAGGAGUUCGAAAGCGACCAUCAACUUCGAGGCCUUCCCUCAAAGAAGCCCCCAUGUUUGCAAGUUCGAUGUCAAUGGGAAUGGACUUGGACCCAAUGGACGAGGAAGAAGACGACGAAGACGAGGUUAGGGCCUUUCCACACAGUACAGUCUCAUUCCUCUUGCUCGCAAAAUGGCCACUGUGUGGGCACAGUCCACCUGAGGAUGCGCUAGAAUGCAGUCAACAAGGACAUGUCCUCAGAGCAAAGCAUCGAUCUCGUGACUAUAUGUGUCUUCCAUUUUGGUUAUCAUCGGGAAUUGUAGCAUUGCAAGCUGGGAUUUAUACUCUUGCGUUAUAUGAUGCAAUAGAUAUCACCAAUCCCAAAAACCCACUCAAAAUACCUGUCAAUGUAGAUCCCUUUACUCGCACUGCUGAGCUGAUUGCCGUUGUGAUCACGGUGUACACACAAAACAACAUUUUCCAGGGUCUCGAUCUCUUUGUACAAAAUUUCAAGUAUAUCCGUGAGGUGCCAGGUGUGACAGUAUACAAGUACUACCUCGCAGCCUUGACGCAAGUCAACGUCGGUAUCUUUGGUAUCUUUGUAACAUUCUUGAUCAUUAUGCAAUCUGAAGAAGUCGUGGACCUGUUGCUGAAUUUCACCGCCAUGGAAUUUGUAGCCAGCCUCGAUGACGCAGCGUUUGUGUUGGCUUGGAGAGGUUUCUUUGGAAGGGCCAUGAAGGACACGGCAAGCGUUGUUGCUGAAGUGAAGUACACCCCGAAGGAUAAGCACAAGUGGCUGCGAAAGUGGCCACUCUUCGUUGUACUCUUGGUUUUGAUGGGGUGUUAUGCUCUGAUCCGAAUAAUGCAGGACAAUCGCAUAUUUGGAGACAAUGAAAUUUAUAUCCAGCUGCACGACGAUGCCAUUCCAUGGCUUUCAACGUUGUCUGGAAUGUAUUUUGGUUGCUAUCUUUCCGAUUAUAGCGAUGUGAGAGAUAGAACCGAUUCAAGUGUUGGGCGAAUCAU